AUGAAGGUGCUGUCCGUGUGUGUGACUGUGGAGACCCCUACCCCGGCACCUGAGGACAGCCACUGGAGCCUGGUGCCAAGUUUGGUGAAGAAGCUGGUGGCGCCGCUGGUGGCCAGGACCAGAGACAGGCGGCAGCAGUUCUGGGGCCCCAGUACUCUCCACCUGCCAGACCUGGGUCCCCGCAUGCAGGCCUGGUUCGCCAGCUCCAGGGACAGCCUCCUCAGCAAGGCCUAGGGCCUGUGCCCCAAGAUUCUGUGUGAAACAGAAGAUGAGGCCUUAGCAGCCCCAGGCUCCGACCCCACUGAUACAGUGUCGGGAGGGAAAACCUACCAGUGCGGGGUCCCUGCCGCUGACCUCAGCUAG